AUGCCGUUUAAUCGUCUACGACGCUGGAAUCAUGUUGAUGAUCAUGUUUAUUCAACAUAUGAUGAAGCAUUUGCUAGUGAAUCUGUUUCAUCAAAAGAUACAAAUAGUCAUUCAAGUUCUUCUGAUGGUGGAAUAUCAUCAGGUCAUCAAAGUUGGAUGAGUAGUCAAACGAAUGUUUAUGAUCAAAUAUGUUAUGAUUCAAUUCAAACUAAUACAGAUAACAACGCUGCAUCGAAAUAUGAAGAUCAUACUCCACCAUAUAUUCCAACAUAUUUAUCGGAUGAUGCAACUGAACAUUAUUAUUAUCGUUUACCAACACCAUCAUCUUUAAUAUCAAAUGAAUUAAUUCCAUUAAAACCUCAUCUUACACAGCAACAAUCUAAUUCUAAAAAAGAAUUACAUAAAGAAUUGAUUUAUAAGCAAAAAAUGGGACAAUUGUUACCAAAAAAACCUGAGUUAUUUAAUGUUUUUAAACAUCGACGUGAUGAAGAAAAGAAACGUGAAGAUGAACGGAUGCGUGAACAAACAAAAUUAGAACAAAUUCUUGCACGACAACGACAAAAAAUUGAUGAAACAGAGAAUGUUUGUUCAAUAUCCAGUAAUGAAAGUGCAUAUUCAAAUGAAUUUGAAUUUGUUUAUCAUCGAAUUCGUCAACAACAAAAAAAACAUGAAUGA